AUGAGAUCCUCAGGAUCCAUGAAUAUUCAGCCUGCCUACACCUUCCCCUGUGAAGGGGACACCUGCAGGCAUAACAGCGCCAACUCAAAACCAAGGCGCCUGCAGAGAGGGACUGGCAUGGGCCCUGGCCCAGCCAAGCCUAAUACCAGUCCUCACCUCCAUCCACUUAUGGAUAAAAGAACAACAUUAAGGGCUCCCAUCAUGAGAUCCUCAGGAUCCAUGAAGAUUCAGCCUGCCUACACCUUCCCCUGUGAAGGGGAUACCUGCAGGCAUAACAGCGCCAACUCAAAACCAAGGCGCCUGCAGAGGGGGACUGGCAUGGGCCCUGGCCCAGCCAAGCCUAAUACUAGCCCUCGCCUCCAUCCAUGUAUAGAUAAAACAAACACAUUGAGGGCUCCCAUCAUGAGAUCCUCAGGAUCUAUGAAUAUUCAGCCUGCCUACACCUUCCCCUGUGAAGGGGACACCUGCAGGCAUAACAGCGCCAACUCAAAACCAAGGCGCCUGCAGAGGGGGUCUGGCAUGGGCCCUGGCCCAGCCAAGUACCAGGUGCCGGUCUCAGAAACAUCCCAGGCUUUGAACAUCGAGCAAAGGGCACUGCCUCAAACUAAAACGGCUCAAGCACAUCUUGUGAGCCCCCAGGAGGCACUGGGCCAGCUCUGCCAAACAUUCGGGAGCCUGAGCCUGGGGUCCGGGAGUAGGCCCUCUAGCAAAGUGUUUCCUCGGGGAGAAGCAACAUCCAAGAGAGAAACACGUGCUGGGCCCCUCACUGCCCCUCACAGAGGGAGUUCCAUCCAGGAGGACGUGGCGCAUAUCUGCCGCGUAUUUGGCGACCUUAAUCUAGCCUCAGCAGUGGCCAGUCCCCCCUCCACCACCCUUGGCCAAGAAACAGCGAAGGCCAUGCCAGCCUCUGAGCAGAAGGCGGUUGUCAUCACCACACGCAAUGAGCAGGGCCCACCAUCGUCCAUUGAAGCUCAAAAGGCAGCAGAGCCCCUGGAAGUCCAGAGAUUCAAGGAGGCAUUGGAACAUCUCUGUUUUAUGUUCAGUCGCCUGAGCCUCGGCACAGCGACCAAAAGGUGCCAGAGUCAUCCUUGGCACAUCGAUGGCCAGGCCACUUCCAGAGCCCUCUCUGCACCACCUAAAAACACUGUUGCUUCAGGACCACAGAAACCAGAAAUCUCUACAGGUGUGUCGCAUGUCAUCCAAGCGAGCACUGGCCAGCAACAACCCUCCCAGUGCAACCUGAGAGCAUCUGCCCAUAUCCAUCAGCAGAGUUUCCUCCAAGCACAGCUAUGUCUGCGCAGGACGGGACAGGGCCCCCCGACCUCAACACUCAUCCUUAGGAGGGUCGUGCGAACCAAAAUCGCUGUGAAAAUGUGUGGUCAAAGAGAAUUAGAAGCCCCACAAGAGGUACCUUCUCAGCAGGAAGGACCAAGAGGAAAUUUGGCUUAUGAUGAAUCUGUCACGUCUCGCCCUUCAGCCCCUCCAAAGAGAAGAGCCAAACUGUUAACUAAGAUUCAUGAGGGGGAAGUCAGAUCCCAAACUUAUCAAAUUGCCAUAACCAUCACGGAAGCCCGACAGCUGAUUGGUGAGAACAUUGACCCUGUGGUGAUCAUUGAGGUUGGGGAUGAGAAGAAGCAGAGCACAGUGAAGGAAGGCACCAACAGCCCCUUUUACAAUGAAUACUUUGUCUUCGAUUUCAUUGGACCCCAAGUGCAUCUUUUUGACAAGAUCAUCAAAAUCUCAGUCUUUCAUCAUAAGCUGAUAGGAAGUGUGCUGAUUGGCUCCUUCAAAGUAGACCUGGGGACUGUGUACAAUCAACCUGGUCAUCAGUUCUGUGACAAAUGGGCCCUGCUCACUGACCCUGGUGACAUCAGAACUGGCACCAAGGGAUACCUGAAGUGUGAUAUCAGCGUGACUGGGAAAGGCGACAUCUUAAAGACCAACCCCAAAAUCUCUGAUGCUGAGGAGCAAAUAGAAAAGAACCUUUUGAUUCCCCAUGGGUUCCCAUCUGAGAGACCCUGGGCCAGAUUCUAUGUGAGACUCUACAAAGCCGAAGGGCUGCCUAAAAUGAACUCCAGCAUCAUGGCAAAUGUCACCAAAGCAUUUGUGGGUGACAGUAAGGACCUCGUGGACCCAUUUGUAGAGGUCUCCUUUGCAGGACAAACGGGGCGAACCACGGUGCAGAAGAACUGUGCUGACCCUGUGUGGCAUGAACAGGUGGUCUUUAAGGAGAUGUUUCCUCCCCUGUGCAGGAGGGUGAAGAUCCAGGUAUGGGAUGAAGGCAGCGUGAAUGAUGUAGCCUUGGCAACCCAUUUCAUAGACCUGAAGAAAAUCUCCAAUGAGCAGGAUGGAGAUAAAGGCUUCCUACCCACAUUUGGACCUGCCUGGAUUAAUCUGUAUGGCUCUCCCAGGAACCACAGUCUGAUGGAUGACUACCAGGAAUUGAAUGAAGGCUUUGGAGAAGGCGUAUCAUUCCGUGGUCGAAUCUUAGUAGAAAUUGCUGUGGAAAUUCUCUCUGGAGGAGCACAGGAAUCUAAAUUUUCUAAAGCUCUCAAGGACCUCAAAUUACCUUCCAAAUCUAAAGGCUCCAGUAAAGACAAGGCUGACAAAUCUGGUGAUGGCAAGGCGCAGCAAGCUUCAGACAAAAAUAAUUCUACAGAGGUGGAGGUGGAACCCUUUGAUGUGCCCCCAGAAAUUGUACCUGAAAAAUAUGAGGAAUUUUUGCUCUUCGGAACAUUUUUUGAUGCUAAUAUGAUUGACAGGAAAAUUGGGGAUAAACCUAUUAGUUUUGAAGUUUCUGUUGGUAAUUUUGGAAACUUGAUUGAUGGAGGCUCUCAUCACGGGAGUAAGAAGAAAUCAGAUGAACCCACAGAAGAAGAAAUCCUUCCACUACUGCAUGAAAAGGAAGGGGAUGCAGCCCACAGCAGUAUUCCUAUGGUCUCCACCACACACCCAGAGAAGCCACAGAUUACAGAUGGAAAUAGGAAUUACAACUAUUUGCCAUUUGAAGCCAAGAAACCCUGUGUCUACUUCAUUAGUUCUUGGGGAGAUCAGAUAUUUAGGCUCUACUGGUCCAACAUGUUGGAGAAAAUGGCAGACCUUCUGGAAGAAGGUUUAGAAGAAGUGAAAGAACUGAUCAAGAUUUCUGAGGAAGCACCAGAGGAGAAAAUGAAGACGGUUCUGAGUGACUUCAUCAGUCAAAGCAGUGCCUUUAUUUCUGAAGCAGAAAAAAAGCCCAAGACGUUGAACCAAACCACUUUAGAUAAGAAACGACUUACGCUGUGUUGGCAGGAGCUGGAGGCGAUGGCCAAGGAGGCCAAGGGAUUCCUUCAGCAGCAGAAGAAAAAGUUCUCUCUCAAUGAAAUGAUACAUGCAGCCCAAAACUUGAUGGAAAAAAUCCGCUUUCUUGUGGAUGAGCCUCAGCAUACAAUCCCUGAUGUCUUUAUUUGGAUGCUCAGCAACAACAAGAGAGUGGCAUAUUCUCGCAUCAGUUCCAAAGAUCUGCUCUAUUCUCCCAUGGUGGAGCAGAUGGGUAAACACUGUGGGAAGAUUAAAACGCAUUUCCUCAAACUACCCGGAAAACGAACAUCAGGUUGGUCAGUACAAGCCAAAGUUGAUGUGUACCUGUGGCUGGGCCCAGUCAAACACGCCAGCGCCAUUUUGGAAAAUUUACCAGUAGGUUAUGAAGCUGAAAUACCCUCCAAAAUUACUGGUGCUACCAUUCAACCCCCAGCCAACCUGCACUACCAAGACCGGCAUAUUUUUCAGCUGAGAGCUCACAUGUACCAAGCCAGGGGUCUUAUCGCAGCUGAUAGCAAUGGACUUUCAGAUCCCUUUGCCAAAGUCACGUUCCUUUCCAACUGCCAGACCACAAAGAUUAUUUCCCAAACCCUCUCCCCAACCUGGAAUCAGAUGCUACUGUUCAAUGACUUGGUACUGCAUGGAGACCAGAAAGAGUUGGCGGAAGCCCCACCAUCGGUGGUGGUGGAACUGUAUGACAGUGAUGCAGUGGGGAAGCCAGAAUACUUGGGUGCCACUGUGGCUGCUCCUGUGGUAAAGCUAGUUGACCAGAACUAUGAGCCACCUAAGCUGUGUUAUCACCCCAUCUUCUGUGGGAACCUUUCUGGAGGAGACCUUCUUGCAGUAUUUGAACUGCUGCAGGUUCCUUCAUCUGGAAUACAAGGGCUUCCACCCAUAGACCCACCAGAUGUCACCCAGAUCUACCCUGUUCCUGCCAGCAUCCGUCCAGUUUUGAGUAAAUACCGAGUGGAGGUCCUCUUCUGGGGCGUCCGUGAAAUGAAGAAGGUGCAGCUGCUGUCUGUGGACCGUCCUCAGGUUCUCAUUGAGUGUGGGGGAAGAGGAGUCAAGUCAUGUGUCAUCCAGAGCUACAAGAACAACCCCAACUUCAAUGUCCAGGCAGAUGUUUUCGAAGUGGAAUUGCCUGAGAAUGAACUUCUGCAUCCUCCUCUGAGCAUCUGUGUUGUGGAUUGGAGAGCUUUUGGGAGGAGCACACUAGUGGGGACCUACACCAUCAACUGCUUGAAGCAGUUUUUAUGCAAAUCCAGGGAGCCCUUCACCAUCACCUCACAGGUGGAUGGUCAAGCUACUUCAGAUUUGCUAAUAGCCACAGAGCCCUCUGGGGCCAGUAGUGCCUCCCAGGACUCCUCAGCUGAUCACAUCUACGUGGAUGUUGAACAACCUCCCACAGAGGCUCCCAAUUCAGCCCAGGUUCAGCCACCUAUCGUUGUUGACGUCACUGAUUCACCUCCUGUGCUGGAGCCCAAACAAAAGUCUGUAGCCCAAGAGUUACCAAAAGAUGACAAAGCAAAGAAUGACAGGAAACUUUCUCGGAGGUCUACGAAAAGAAAGAAGAGGACCAUAGCAGAUGAAUCUGCUGAAAAUGUCAUUGACUGGUGGUCUAAAUAUUAUGCCUCUGUGAAGAAAGCACUAAAGGAAAAAGAGAGAAAUUCUGAAGAGAAUAAAGGUAACACAGACGCAAAAUCAGAUGAGGUAGUAAUAAACAUAGAAGAGAGCCCAAAGAAGAAGAAAGACAAAAUUCUCAAGAAGAAACUCAAAGAAGAGGAGAUCCCCAAUCUGGCAGUCCUGAAGAUAUAUGAUGGUGACCUCGAGAGUCAUUUCAGCAAUUUUCAAGAUUGGGUGAAAACCUUUGAGCUCUUCAGAGGCAAAUCUACAGAUGAAGACCAUGGCCUGGAUGGAGAUCGAGUCAUAGGAAAGUUUAAGGGCUCCUUCUGCAUCUACAAAAGCCCUGAGGAUUCCAGCACUGAAGACAGCGGGCAGCUGAGAAUUCAGCAAGGGAUUCCUCCCAAUCAUCCUGUCAAAGUUCUGAUAAGAGUCUACAUUGUGGCUGCAUUUAAUCUCAGCCCAGCUGAUCCAGAUGGCAAAGCAGAUCCUUACAUUGUGGUCAGACUUGGGAAAACAGAGAUCAAAGACCGAGACAAAUAUAUCCCCAAACAACUGAAUCCAGUAUUUGGAAGGUCAUUUGAGAUCCAGGCCACCUUCCCAAAAGACUCCCUGCUCUCUGUCCUAAUCUAUGACCAUGACCUGAUCGGCACAGAUGACCUCAUAGGGGAGACCAAGAUUGACCUGGAGAAUCGCUUCUAUAGCAAACAUCGAGCCAUUUGUGGCUUGCAGAGCCAGUAUGAGAUAGAAGGAUACAAUGCCUGGAGAGAUACGUCCAAACCCACUGAAAUCCUCACCAAGCUCUGCAAAGACAACAAGCUGGAUGGACCCUACUUUAGCCCUGGGAAGAUACAGAUAGGCCGCCAGGUCUUUUCUGGAAAAACAGCCUUCACUGAAGAGGGCACUGAUGAGACGGUGGAGUCUUUUGAGCACUUGGCCCUCAAGGUUUUACACUCUUGGGAGGAUAUCGCAGAGGUCGGGUGUAGGCUGGUUCCUGAACACAUAGAAACUCGGCCCCUGUACCACAAGGACAAACCAGGAAUGGAACAGGGACGCCUGCAAAUGUGGGUGGACAUAUUUCCCAAAGAUCUGACUCAGCCUGGACCUCCUGUUGACAUUUCACCAAGGAAACCCAAAGGAUAUGAAUUAAGAGUGACCAUCUGGAACACUGAAGAUGUCAUUUUAGAGGAUGAGAAUUUUUUUACAGGACAAAAAUCAAGUGAUAUUUAUGUUAAAGGGUGGAUAAAGGGUUUGGAAGAUGACAAGCAAGAGACAGAUGUGCACUAUAACUCUUUAACAGGAGAGGGAAACUUCAACUGGCGCUUCCUAUUUCCAUUUCAGUAUCUCCCAGCUGAGAAGCAAAUGGUUAUAACCAAGAGAGAGAAUAUCUUUUCCUUAGAGAAGAUGGACUGUAAGGCACCAGCUGUGUUAGUGCUCCAGGUUUGGGAUUUUGAAAGACUGUCCUCAGAUGACUUUCUGGGAUCCCUGGAAAUGAACCUCAAUAGUUUCCCCAGAGCAGCCAAAUCUGCCAAAGCCUGUGACCUCAACAAAUUUGAAAAUGCAGAUGAGGAGAACAAGAUCUCCAUAUUCCAACAAAAGCGAGUGCGGGGCUGGUGGCCUUUUGCGAAAAGCAAAGAACUCACAGGCAAGGUUGAAGCUGAGUUUCACCUGGUCACAGCAGAAGAGGCUGAGAAGAAUCCUGUUGGAAAAGCCCGGAAGGAACCAGAGCCCCUAGCUAAGCCUAACCGUCCAGACACCUCCUUCUCCUGGUUUGUGAGUCCCUUCAAGUGCCUCUACCACCUCAUCUGGAGAAAUUACAAAAAAUACAUCAUCAUUGCUUUCAUUUUGAUCAUCCUCAUCAUCUUUCUGGUCCUCUUCAUCUAUACUUUGCCAGGAGCGAUCAGCCGGAAAGUUGUGGGCUCAUAG